AUGGAAAUGAUCCCAUCGGAGGUCCUCCUAGGCAUAACUGGCAAGGACUUCACCAUCAUCGCCGCCUCGAAGGCGGCGAUGCGCGGAGCCACUAUCCUCAAGGCAUCGGAUGACAAGACCAGGCAACUGAACAAGCACACCCUUGUAGCGUACUCGGGAGAGGCGGGAGAUACUGUUCAAUUCGCCGAAUAUAUCCAGGCCAACGCGCAGCUCUACUCGAUGAGGAAUGAGACGGACCUUUCCCCCUCCGCCCUGGCCCACUUUGUCCGCGGCGAGCUUGCGUCGAGCUUGAGGUCGCGCAAGCCCUACAACGUCAACCUCCUCCUUGGCGGUGUCGAUCCCAUCACUCACAAGCCCAGCCUCUACUGGCUAGACUACCUCGCGGCGCUUGCCCCCGUUCCCUAUGCCGCCCACGGAUAUGCGCAAUACUACUGUCUGUCCAUCCUCGAUAAACAUCAUCAUCCCGAUAUCACCCUUGGCCAGGGUAUCAAGCUCCUGAACCUGUGCACGGAUGAGCUGAAGAGACGGUUACCCAUCGACUUCAAGGGCAUGGUCGUCAAGGUGGUCACCAAGGAUGGCGUUCGGGAUAUCGAAUUCGAUGACGACAAGGUUGUGAAGAGUGCGUAA